CGAUUUCUGCCAUCGACACGAACCCGAACUCCGGCUAAGCCCGCACGUAGCCAGUCGGUGAGACGUCAGAGUCAAUAAACAAAAGUUCCGGUAGCUCUGCGGAGUAUCCUUGUCGAGUCCUGCAUCGUGGGGCCAUAAUACAAUCAGGCGGAUCAGACAGACGACGACAGCGACAGCGACAGCGACAACGACAUCGACUUCGGAACGUGUGACGGCGUCAAGCAGAAUUCAACUUUCCAGACGACAUGUGUGUCCCACUGGUGUCCAUUGGCCUGAUCUUCAGCUUCGGCCUGGUCCUAAUGCAGAACGUGUACCUGGGCCUGCUCGAGUGCCUCUUCAAGUGGAGCUCGCGGCAGCUGGAGGCCGAGCGGCAGGCCAGCGAGCGCGAGGAACUCCAGCGCCUGGGCGAGGGCUGGACACAGAACCCGGAAGUCAUGGAAAGGCGGAAGUCGAGCCUAAAUUCGCGCCGAAGAAGCCACAAAAAUAUACUGUCCGAACAGAAGAGUCGGCUGUGCCACCAGAUGGAGCUGUGCUGCGACAUAAUAUCCGAGGGCAUAGCGCUGGUGCUGGAGGACGAUGUGACCACCCGGUUUGUGUCCGCCCCACUGCCGGCGGGUGAGUGGAAUCUGCUCACGCGUGACCUCUCGGUGCAUGUGGGUCGGCUCAGCUGGAGGCUGCGAGUGGUCUGGCUGCUGGGACUGCUCUUUCGCUAUGCACUGCUGAUGCCCCUGCGGACGGUGAUGUGCCUCAGCUGCCUGGUGGUGGUGCCGGCGAGCACGGCCCUGAUCGGGCUCCUCUGCAGAUUGUCGUGCAACCGGCGUGUGGCCAAGUGGCUGCUCCGCCAGACCCUACGCAUGAACGCUAACUGUGUGCCGAUAAUGCGGCGAUACCACAAUACCGAGCACCGCCCCACCAAGGGCAUCUGUGUGUGCAACCACACCAAUCCGCUGGACGUGCUCAUCCUCAUGUGCGAUGUGCACUACUCGCUGACCGGCCAGCGACACGACGGCAUUCUCGGCAUCUUCCAGAGCUCCCUGUCGCGGGUCUCGCCGCACAUGUGGUUCAACCGGCGCAUCCCGGGCGAGCGUGAGGCCCUCGGCGAGGCCCUGCGCCAGCACAUGCAGUCCCCGGACAAGCCGCCGAUUCUCCUCUUCCCCGAGGGCACGUGCAUCAACAACACCGCCGUAAUGCAGUUCAAGAAGGGCAGCUUCGCCGUCAGCGACAUCGUCUACCCGGUGGCCAUCCGCUACGACCGCCGCUACGGGGAGGCCUACUGGGACAGCACCCGCUACUCGAUGUUCCGCUACAUGGUGAUGCUGGUCAGCUCCUGGUGCCUCAGCUGCGACAUUUGGUACCUACCACCCAUGAUCCGCGAGCCCGGCGAGUCCCCAGUGCGUUUCGCCAAUCGCGUGAAGGCUGUGAUAGCCGCCCGGGCGGGCCUGGACGACCUACCGUGGGACGGCAACCUGAAGCGCUGGUGUCCCAUGCGCGACUGGUGAUCAAGUGGACGGCAUGGCUUGCUCUAUUGACUGGCGUUUGUGUAUAAAGAAUAAAAUAUUUCUGGCAAGGUGA